AACUCUGCCGGCCAGCGUCGACGCGGCCCUCUACGAAGCUACACAAGCCGCCCGCUGGCUGAAACGAAGCGCGCUACGCUGCAAAUCACCUCUGCAACCAGCGCAGCCGCCGCGCCGCCGCCCCGAGGCGCCACCCAGGACCACCCCCCUUUGACAGCAGCAGCCACGCCAUGUCCAAGUUCGCGCGCAAGGGCAAGCCCCCGCCGGGCUAUGAUUAUUUGGAGCCGGUUUUAGAAGCCCUCGAGAACGAGUUGCGAGACAAAGUGAACGAGCCGCACGAGGGAAAACGAAAAGUCGAGUCGCUGUGGCCCGUCCACCAGAUAAAUUGGCAAAGGACAAGAUACGUCUACGACAUGCACUACAAGUACAAGAAGAUCGAUAAAAAAGUCUGGGACUACUGCUGCCGCAACAAAAUAAUUGACGAAAAUCUCGCGAAGAAGUGGCGGAAGCCGGGCUAUGAGCGCCUGUGUAGCACCUACGUCAUCAACACGCGGAACUACAAUUUUGGCACUGUUUCUAUAUGUAGAGUGCCGCCCUCGUCCUUGGGUGAGUCUAGUGUUGUCGAGUGUCCCACUACGGGCUGUAGAGGUUGUGCUUCAUCAAGUGACGCCCCUCGGAACAUCUUCGGCAACAAGUACGGCCAGCACCUGGCGGGCGUGCAGGUGCGACGGGAGGAGCGGGAGGCCCAAAAAGAGUCCGCUCAGAAGAGACCUCGGGAGGAGGAGGAGGAUGGGGACGUCGUGGGUAGAAGUACCGGCCCGGGAGUGUGGGCGGACAACGACGUCGACGCUUAUGGGGAAGAGGGUGGCGGGGAGAAGCGGGCACGCGUGGAGUAAGUCUGUGGUCGAGGUUUGCGUCGUCGAGGCGUACGCUUAGGCGGCGUGCGGGUCGCCCCAGCCAGCUAUAUUAAUAGCAUCGCGUGAAUCGCGCCGCGUGGGCGACGAUCGAUCGUUGUCGGACUCCUAGCAGCUCAUUCUUUGAUCACCCAAGCAGCGCAAACUCAAACAGCUGCAGCAGAACGUGCCAAACAAGCAUCACUGUACAUAGCACCUGGCAGCAACCACAGCAGCUAACGCCGUCGAGGCGCCUUGCCAAGUAAUUACCACUCGCACUUGUGCGGUCUCGACCGCACA